GCUAUAGAUGAGAAUUGCACAACUUCACUGCUCUCGUAUUUUCAAAGCGGAAAAAGUAGUAGUGAGAAAUGGGAUCAUUUCAGAUCUCCUUAGCAUUAUUUAGCUUCAUUCACCUUGUAAUCUUCUGGCCAUCUGGAGCUCAAAACUCAAAACAGGAUUAUCUCGAUGUUCAUAACGCAGCUCGUGCCCAAGUUGGCGUUGCCCCGAUAGCUUGGGACGAAACGGUGGCUGCCUAUGCACAUAACUACGCCAAUCAGAUUAUAACCUACUGCAAUUGGACGCGAUCUGGGGGCCCUUAUGGUGAGAACUUAGCUGAAGGCAGCGGAGACUUCACGGCCAGGGGUGCCGUCAAUCAGUGGGUGAGUGCGAAGCAAUACUACGAUUACGACUCCAACGCAUGUGCUUCGGAAACGGAGUGCGACAACUACACUCAGGUGGUUUGGAACAGCUCAGUUGGUCUGGGCUGCGCUAGGGUUCAAUGUACAAAUAACGGUUGGUGGUUCGUGAUUUGCUGUUAUCAUCCCCCCGGCAACUCCAUUGGCUGCUGCUUCUGGCCCUUCACGUGCUCCCGCCCCUGUUUCUCCUUCAUUACCUGCCGGCCCUCCCAGUGGAAAAAAGAAAUCGAAGAAUUUAAGGGUGAAGUUAUAUGUUGUUGGUGCUGCCGUAGUGACUUUUCUAGGAGCUCUUGCAUUACUUUUCUGGUGUUGCAAAUUGAGAAAUAGAAAAGGUAACCUUAGAAAA